AUGCCGGGGUCUAUGGAUUCUCCAUCUGCAAAGAGGCUCCCCUCUGAUUCUGAAGCCGAAUCUGCCGACAAGAUUACCAAGGAGGAUUUUCAGUUGAAUUUAUUGGCUGGUAGAGCAAAGGCCGAAUCUGCCGACGAGAUUUUUCUUACCUUGUUUGUUUCUCUUUUGGUGAAGCUCAACCCAAAGGAUCGGAUCAGCAGUUUGCCUGAAGAUGCUAUAGGCUUUAUAUUAUCUCUUUUGACAUCUAGAGAAGCACAAGCGACUUGUCUUCUUUCCAGAAGAUGGAGGCAUUUGUCUACCUGUCAGGUCACCAACCUUGACUUCGACUGGUCUUACUUGUUGGCCGAGAUGAAAGCUAACCCCGAGAUAGCUGAAAAGGAGAGGGCUAGAUAUGUGCAAUGGGUGGACAAUGUCUUGCAUCGUCAAAGUGGAGGGUACCAUUUACGUAGAUUGGCAUUACGCUUUGACUUGAAUAUCUCAUAUAAGCCUUAUAUUGAUCGAUGGAUUAGGUUUGCAUUGGCAAAACGAGUUAAAGUUCUCCAACUAGAUUUCAAGCCUGCGGUUUUCAAGGAUUUGACUGAUGAAUGUGACCCUAGUCAAUUGCCAUACAUGUUAGGGCAUGAGACACUUAUGGAUGAUGAUGUAGGGUGUUCACAGCGGACUUCAGGUCUAAGUAAUGUUGGCUUGAGCCCUUCUAUAUCAUGGCAUGUUGGAUUUAGGUAUCUUGAAGAGCUCAGCUUGAAUCAAGUAAGUGUGGAUGGAGAACUCGUUGAGCAACUGCUUGCCAAUUGUCCAAAACUAGAGCGAUUGGUUUUGGAGGAGGCUCAUACUUUGACAGGGUUUAGAGUUUCUGGCCGAUCACUAAAGCUAAAGUACUUGCACAUAUUAUGGUGUGAUGAUCUUGAAGACGUUGAGAUUUAUGACACUGAUCUUGUGUCCUUCACUUUCGUGGGAAUGAGUAUGCUGGUAUAUUUGGAAAAGCUCCCCCAGCUGUCUGAGGUGUCUAUUAGAGUAAACUCGUUGUUGCAAUUGCCUUUUACGUUGCCUCCUUUUUCGAGCCUUCCUUGUGUGCAAAUUCUCAAACUUGAAUUCUUUCAGCUACUCAGUGUAAGAGCACUGACUGAUUUUUUAAAGGUUUCAUAA